GGAGAGGCGCCGAUCUCUUGCUUUCUCACAUUGUCUAUCGCAGCAUUGCCUCCUAUCGCAGUCAAAUAAGAGAUUGAUCGUUCUUUCUAUUAGACGUUAUCUAGAAAAAAGCUGCUAGAUAACAUACUUAUUAACCUCAUACCACCUUUGUCACUCGCGACACGUCACUCGCGACACAUCACUCGAGUUAUACAUACUUCGACUGUAUUUACCUUCAUGAUCACUGCUUUAAUAUUCCGAGACAAUUGAGGAGCGUUUGACGUGACGAUGAGUCACGAACUCGAAAUCCAAGGCCAGGACCUCGAGAAAGGCCACACAUCCGGAUUAUCAUCGGUAAAGUCCCCUCGAUCAAGCAUGGAGAAGGGAGAUAUAGAAAAUGCAGGAAUGCAGCAGAACACGGAUCCAGAGCCAGAGCCCAAAACUUCGAAACUCGAGAAUCAGAUUGCAUCCAAGGAGCGCGAACAGACUGGUCCCAAGAAAUGGCUUGGUUCCCUACUAUGGCUCAUCAAGGACCAAUGGUUUCUUGUCGCUCUCGCCUGCCUCAUAGCAAUCUCAUCCCAAGCCCAGGUCCCAGAGUCGCAACAACAUCUCAAGGAAACAAUAGUCACUUACCUGUGCGUCUCCAUUAUCUUCUUCAUCACAGGCUGUACGCUGCCUACUCGCGUCCUGAUCGACAACUACUCCCGCUGGCGAUUGCACAUCUACGUUCAGGUCCAAUGCUUCCUCAUGACCUCAGCGACCACGUUCGCAGUCGUGAGCUUGUGCGCAACGAACUCCAGAUUCAUGGAUCCCUGGUUCCUCAUCGGGCUAAUUUUCAUGGGCUGUGUGCCAACGACAAUAUCCUCGAAUGUGGUCAUGACGCGGCAAGCGCACGGCAACACAGCGCUGACGGUCGUGCAAUCCACGCUGGGCAACUUCCUCGGGCCAUUCCUGACGCCAGCGUUAGUGUCCAUGUAUACGUCAACCGGAGCAUGGUACACAGACGUCCUACCGGCCGGGGCGAACAACUACAGCGAAAUCUACCGGCGCGUCUUCAAACAACUAGGUCUCUCGCUUUUCCUUCCCAUGGUCGUCGGACAGGUGGUGCAGAACGUCUUCCCGAAGCAGUGCAAGACCGUGUUCACGACGUGGAAGUUGAGUAAAGUGAGCUCAGUGUCUCUACUGAUAAUCAUUUGGCAAACCUUCGACCAAGCCUUCGGUAGCGGCGCCUUUGAAAGCGCCAAACCCUCGAACAUGAUCUUUAUCGUCUUCAUCUCCAUUGUAUUUGUGUUCCUCUGGCAGGGCAUCACUCUUGCGACUUCAAUAUUCUGGCUGCCGAAGGCGGAUGUGAUAGCGUGUUGCUACUGCUGUCCGGCCAAGACGCCUGCGAUGGGCGUUCCGUUGAGCACGGUCAUGUAUGUUGGAUUGAGCAAGAUCCAUCAGAGCAGAUUACAGAUUCCCAUGGUCAUUUUCCAGGGGUUCCAGAUAGCGUCGGGGAGCUUGUUGACGAUUGCAUUCCGUCGGUGGGUGAGGGCGGAAGAGGAGAGAAAGGCAGCAGAGGCGGUGCAGUUGAGGGCGGAGGAGGCCGCAUCUUAGAUUUUGAUAUUGCAUUGCGGAAUCCCGAUAGACUCAUGGUUGCAUAUAGAAAUAGACAUUAGACUGGAGUAGAGCUUUAAUUAAUACCGUUUGUACGACUUCCUA